CCUAUACCACUUAUUUCAUCAAUCUUUCUUCAAAAACGCCUCAAUCAUGGUCGGAGGAAGAUCAAAGUCAAAGGCUUUGAAGAAGAAAAGCACCGCCGAACCCUCAAGCUCCGCGCCUCCUCCGUUCCCAUAUUUGGACGGAUCCUUAUUGGAGUUCGGGUCGGAGGAGGAACUCAACCGGUUCCUCACGCUCUUUGCCAAGCGUCCCAUUUCUCCGCCUAGGGUGCUGCCGGAGUUGUACCCUCAACAAAAGGGGUACCACGAGCGGAUUGCGGCUCCAUCGCCCUUCAACGAGGACUUGAAGGCGAUUCAUGCCAUCAUCCACGGCGCCUCCAUCAAUUGGGCGAAAUUCGUGAUGAUCCACAUGGCGGAUUGCGCCUCCAUCGCCACUGAGCGGAGCUUGCCAUACGCCUUCCUCGUCAUGGACCUCAUCAUCUCCGCCGACAUCUCCAUCGCCGGCCCGGAUACGAAGAUGACAAAGAUU